GGAGUUGCGAUGUCCUUUGGUACUGGAAAUGAAGAGAAACCAGCUAGUGCUGCUGCCCGAAGGGGUGGUGUUGCGAUGUCUUUUGGUACUGAUCUAUUUGGGAGCAGAGAAGCUGGUUGGGGUAACGAGUUCGUGGAACGUGAGGAGGCUCUGGGAAGAAAGACUGUGAUGAAUGGAGGUGAUGGUGAAAAUGGAUGGCGUCGUUCGGUUUCAUAUCGUUCUCCAAAUGCUCAGCGAUACACUCUUUUAGAUAAUGCUGGAUUUGCCAAGGGUGGGCCUACCUCUGCUGCAGCAGUUGAUGAUGAUGGAAGUCCCAUGAUCUUUGCAAGUACGGCACGACCUCAUAUGGAUGGAAAUAAUGAUCUUUUCUCUAAUGUAAAUACAGGAAAUAGGGCCCCACAACAGAAUGCUCGUGAGACUUUGGGCGCCCCUUGGCGAGCUUCCUCACCUGCUCCUGCAUUUAAUGAAGGCGGUAGAGUGAAUCCUGUUUCUUCUAACACUUACCGCGCUGGAGGGCAAAGAUCGGCAAUGGCACGUGAGGAUUCACCAGCUCCCGGCUUUGCGCCUCCCAUAUCUCGUUCACGACCCACAAGUGUGUUGGAUCCUUUUAGAACUUACUCCACUCGCCUGAGUGCUCGACCAGGAUUGGGGACACCCUAUCAAUCUACACGAGAUGAUACUCGUUUUAAUCCACCACAUACCGAUCGCUGGCAUAGUCAUGAUGUUAGUAAUGAUUUGUAUCGUCCUGGUGCUACAGAGCCUCCAAGUGGGAGUUUUUGGCGACCCUCCUCUUUUGGGGCCCCAUACGUACAAGGUGCAUCUGAUCCUCUUACUUCACCUGUUUCUAGUAUGUCUCGUAGUGGUAUCUUGGCCCAUGAAGAAGUGAAUUCAUAUCAGAGAAAUAGAGUGGGAGGACCUUUUCCUGAUCCAUUUCAACGUUUUUCACAACGAUCACCCUUUGAACGUAAUAAUACGGCUUCUCAUACUUUGCAUAGUGGAACAAGUAUGAAUCAUACAAGUAAUACUGUUGGAUCUUUUGGUACUAGUAGUGGUAAUAAUUGGAAUCGUUCAGCUGCUUUACCUAAUAGAACUCCAAAUCGUAUUUUUGAAAGAAUGGCUACUCUCUACGAUAAUGGUGCAUCUCGACUUCCUAUUAUUGAUGAAUAUGAUUAUCCACGAAGUGGUAGUCGAGUUCGUCCAAGAGGUGUACAAGCAAUGGAUGUAGCUUGGUCUCAUGAAUGGAAUCCAUCUCCUGCCAUUAAACAAAGUAAAAAUGGAUUUUCUACUCUUUCUAGUAGACCAAAUACUGAAGGUUCCACACUUAAAUCACGUACAAUGCUUCGUAGAAAUACUACUACUACCACUACAAAUAGUACUACUGCCCGUAGACUAGGACGUAUUCCAAUCAGUAGACCACCAUUAGCUCCUGCAUCUCGUACCCCACCUCUUUCUAGAGUUACUAGUACUACUACUACUACUACUGGAUUACGUAGUACAGUUGCUCCUUCUUCUGUUAGAGGUCUUACUCUUCGGGAACGUGUUCUUUUACGUCAGCAACAACAACGCCGAGAAGCUAAUCUAGAAGCAUAUAAUACAAAUUUACGUGAAAAUUAUUGUGUAGGAAAUGAUAUAAAACGAGUUCGAAUGGAACCUACUAAAAAUCCCUUUACAAGUUCUACUUCUUCACUAGGAGCUUUGGAUACGCCUGGUACAUUAAAUCAAAUCCUUUCCAAUGCGAAUACACCGCCAGAAAAUAAUGCAGCUUUAAUGGAAACUAAUAAAUUAGCAGAAGCUUCUAUUAACUCUUAUAAAGAACAGGUAGAUCGUUUAAAAUCUUUAACUUCACCAUUUGUUGAAGCAGAUGGUAUAAACGUAUCUUUUUGUCUUCGUGAUUUGGCUAAUUUAUUUCUUCAUUUACCUAAAGGAUCACCUAAAGAGUACGAUCUUAUCAAAGCGGCAUGGUUUGAUGAAGGUGUUUCAUAUUUUGUUUCUUCCAAACCUACUAUGUUUUGUGGUGGUUGGGAAAGUUAUUUAAAACACUUAAAUUUAUACCAGCAACCUUUUUAUUUACGAGAGAAGGCCUUUAUUUGUGUACUUCGGGUUCCAUAUCAACCACAACUUCGUGUUUGUGUAGCUGUACAUAAUUUAGAUGAUUUUAUUGCUAUCUUACAGCAGAAACCGCUUGCAAAAAUUAUACAGACAAAGGAGGAAAAAUGGAUGCAGGAACGUUUGUAUGGUACUGAAGCUCCGAAUAAUAAUAAUAGUAGUAGUAAUAGUAAUGAUGAUGAUAAUAAUAGUAAUAAUCAUCCAGAAAGCGCCAAUACGGUUAAGAAUGGAUUUCUUCCACGUCUCUUUCAACGUUUGUAUAUAAAGAAAAAAGUUGGAUCUACUGUAGAGGUAAAGAAUGAGAACAAACACCGUAGUGGAUGGUCUUCUAUGCGGUGGAGUCAACGUUGGGCUUUAUUGCGUCUUCAAUUACAAGCCACUAUACAGGGACGUGCAUGGAAAGUAUGCACAACACCACAUUUAACAGAUCCUACAAUUCUACAGUCACGAAUGUCAUUCUUAUCAAAUCGUACCGCAACGUAUGCGGCUUUACGGCAUAAACUUAAUACGAUUGAAACAUAUUCGGCUACAUUAGCAAAGAAACAACAAGAAGUAGAUCUUGCGCAACGACAAGUACGUAUGAUAAAAGAUCGUAUCGGUAGUUUAAGUUCUAUACAACUUGGAUGUGAUGCUGCUAAACCACCAUGUGAACAAGAAUUAAAGCAAUCAUUACAACAACAACAGCAGCAAUCAUUACAUCAACAAGAUGUAGGACUUUCAAGGGGAAUAGGAACCUCUACCACAAGUAAUAAUAAUCCUCUAGCUACAAAACCCAAACGUGUUCCUUUUCGUGUGGAUCGUAUCGGUAAUGGAGCUGCCACUGCAACCCGCACCUUUCGGACCGCUUCUUCUCUUACACAAUCAACAAAUUCAACUACCCCAACAGCCGUAGAGAACUCUCUUGGUAAACAAGAGGAAAUGCCGAAAAUGGGUGGAUCUACUAUUGCCUCAUAUGCAUCUUCUGUAAACAUAUCACGACCGCAAACUCCUAAACCAACACCACCCUUAUCUUCUAAUACUACAACGAAUGGAGGAGGAGAAGAAGGAAGAGGAGGAGAAACCACCGCUGCUGGAGCACUUAUUAUUUCUCAUAAUAGUGAAUAUAAUGUAUUAGUUCAAGUAGCAGAACGUAUUCGAGCACGAAAGAAUUUUGCACGUGAAGUACUUCCACCUCCAUUAAUAACAGUAUUAAAGUUUGUUUCAUCUAUUCAAGAAAAUGAUCAACAACAACGAGUGUUUAAUGCGUGCCCAACGAGUUCAUUAUCAAAUUCAGGAAAACUUAUGAGUUCUGUUUUUGCUGGACCUCUUCCUACACCAACAGAAAUUCAUCGUCAAGAAGAUUCUUUCGAUAUUACGGUAUCUCAUCUUCAACAGUUAAUGCAAUGGCAGUGGGAAUAUCAUCAAAAUAGUUAUGAGGGAUUACCAUUACCAAUUUUUCGCGGUACACUUGUGACUUCUACAGCAGCAUACUUUGGAGUUAGCGUAGAAAGUAAAAAUGGAGAAGGUGGAUUAGGAAUUAGUCCACUUUCACGUUCUCUUUUACUUUCUUUAACGAAAUGGGGAUGGAUGGUUCCAGUAGAUUAUAAAGCAUCUAGAAAUGAUGGUAAUAUUCACUUUCUUGAAAGGAAUAAUACAUAUUCUCUUUUUGGACUACAAAUGACUUCUUUUAGUAGUGGGAAGUUAUGGUUAUGGAUAGUGGUAUUCACUGUCUGGCAAACGCAGGCAUUAUGGUUUAUACUUGUUUACAUUAUAUAUAAAUGUUUUUCAGCUGCAUUUAAAAAUGUAUUUGGAUAUUCCACUCGCUGGCCUGCACCUUUGGACUCCGCUACUUCUAUUGUCUAUCGUCAAUCAGAGGCGGCGGUGGAAGCGAUGCUGGAGGACCGACAGUAUUUUCGAACACAGUUGUUAGCCACACGUAUUUUACAAGCUCAACAUUAUAUUCAGAAUGUGAUGAGUCGAAUGGAAAUGUUAUUACGUGGUCAUUCCCCUCUUCUUUCAUUUAUUAUUGGAUUAGAAGUAUUUACUAUUUGGCUUCUUUUUAUGGGAUGUAACUUUAUAUUACAGUUUCUUCCACCUAUGAGUAUUCUUUUGGAUCUUAUGAUGGGACCUUUCCUAUCGGUGAUGAAACCUUAUACUAGCUUGUUGUUGAAUAUGCAUUUAAUAAAAUGGUCUAUUUCUCUUCUUCAACCUGGGAGUGGUAAUGUAAAUAGAUUGGAAUUUAUUAUUUUAUUAUAUCUGUUGUGGCGAUUAGUGUUGUGGUCACCUAUGCGGUGGAUGUGGCGUACAACGUGGGAUAUGUUUUUACAUGAUGAUGCCCUUGUACGUCGACCACUGCUGUCUUUUUAA